CUUUAUAAGAAAUUAUCUUCCUCGCUUUCUCUCUCCCUUGAAGAAAAGAAAGAAUCCUUGCUUGCUCUCGGCCAGUUAGCCUGCCUAUAAAAGAGUACGCCUCGCCAGUUCCCUUUCCUCGCUGGUGGCGAUGUGAUGUUUCUGCUUCUGCGUAAGAUCUCCCUCUGCCGAUGCACAGUGUCCUUCUCUUACGGGAGCCCUACUUAGAUCUCCACCUCUGUUGAGAUCUCCCUUGUUGGUGUCCCCUACAGGUUGAUCUUCCUCACUCGAUCCCCUCACAUUCACUUCCCAUCUAUCUCUGAGUUUGUCUCAUCAGAGAUGUACCAUCCGUUCGAUGAACACGGCGCAAUAGAUCUCAAUCUUGAUCCUUGUGAGGCCUCCGAUACUGCCGAUUUCAAGGAGAAGAUCGUCGUCAGGGAGGAGUGUUGGGGAGAAGACGGCAGGAUGAGUGGAGUUUCCAGGGCCUGUGUGGACUGCCAAACUACUAAAACUCCGCUGUGGAGGAGCGGACCUCAAGGGCCUAAGUCUCUGUGUAACGCCUGCGGGAUCAGGUACCGGAAGAGGAGAAGAGCGGCUGCCCUUGGGUUGGAGAGGGGAGACAAGGAGAAGCAGGGGAGAAGAAAGAAGCUCGGACUCUCGCUGAAGCUCAGGCUGCUAGGGAAGGAGGAAGAAGAGGCCGCCGUCUUGUUGAUGGCCCUCUCCUGUGGCUGUGUCUAUGCUUGAAACUCUCUCCCUCUUAUCUAUCUACUCUUUUUGUUGCCAGUCAUCAUCAUGUAACUAUCUUCCAUGAGUGAUAUGCAAAAGAAUAUGAAUCUCUGCGA